CAGUUUCUUACUUCUACAAAUUCUGAUGCUAAACCUCGCAUCCCUGCGGAAACCCUAGCCUCGCCAAAACCCUAGUCUCGUUCCCCACACAAAACAGAAAUGGCCGCCGCAGCCCGCCCUCUGGUCACCGUCCAGAUCCUGGAGUCCGACAUGGCCACUGACGGCGCAGCCGGUAACACCGUGCCGUUGCCGGACGUUAUGAGGGCCUCAAUCCGUCCCGAUAUCGUCAAUUACGUCCACUCCAACAUCUCCAAGAACAGCCGCCAGCCCUACGCCGUGUCCAAGAAGGCUGGCCACCAGACCUCCGCCGAGUCCUGGGGUACUGGCCGCGCCGUGUCCCGUAUUCCCCGUGUCCCCGGUGGCGGUACUCACCGCGCCGGCCAGGGUGCCUUCGGCAACAUGUGCCGUGGUGGUCGCAUGUUCGCCCCGACCAAGAUCUGGCGCCGCUGGCACCGUAAGAUCAACGUGAAUCAGAAGCGCUACGCCCUGGUUUCCGCAAUCGCCGCCUCGGCUGUUCCUUCCCUCGUCAUGGCUCGCGGCCACCGCAUCGAGUCCGUCUCUGAGUUGCCGCUCGUCGUCAAUGACUCUUGCGAGGGCAUCGAGAAGACCUCUUCCGCUAUCAAAGCCCUCAAGCAGAUCGGCGCCUAUCCCGACGCCGAGAAGGCCAAGGAUAGCCAGGCCAUUCGCCCCGGCAAGGGAAAAAUGAGAAACCGUCGUUAUAUUUCUCGGAAAGGUCCUCUCAUCGUCUAUGGCACCGAGGGAUCUAAGCUUGUUAAGGCCUUCCGAAACAUUCCUGGAGUUGAGAUCGCUAACGUUGAACGCCUGAAUCUUCUGAAGCUGGCUCCCGGUGGUCACCUAGGCCGAUUCGUUAUCUGGACGAAAUCAGCUUUUGAAAAGUUGGAUUCAAUCUACGGUUCGUUUGACAAACCCUCGGAGAAGAAGAAGGGGUAUGUGCUGCCGAGGUCGAAGAUGGUGAACGCCGACUUGACCAGGAUUAUCAACUCGGAUGAGGUGCAGUCAGUCGUGAGGCCGAUCAAGAAGGAAGUGAAGAGGGCCCCCAUGAAGAAGAAUCCACUGAAGAACCUAAACACUAUGCUGAAGCUGAACCCGUAUGCCAAGACCGCAAGGAGGAUGUCUCUCUUGGCCGAGGCCCAGCGAGUCAAGGCCAAAAAGGAAAAGCUUGAUAAGAAGAGGAAGCAAAUUUCCAAGGAGGAGGCUAGUGCAAUCAAGGCUGCCGGAAAGGCAUGGUACCAGACGAUGAUCUCCGACAGCGAUUAUACGGAGUUUGAGAAUUUCUCGAAGUGGCUGGGAGUGUCGCAGUGAUUUGUUUGUGCCUUGUGAGUUUUAUCUUUUUUUUCUAUUUAUAUGGUUUUGGCUAAAUUGCUUUUGAUGUUGGUACCUGAGGAGGAAACGAGAUGGGAAGGAAAUUGCUGGACCAUUAGUUUCUUUACGCCUUCCUUAUGUAGUCGGCUGUUGUGUUUUAUUUUUUCUUCCCCAGUUUUGGUUGGUGUCAAAACUCAACACUACUCGCUUGCUAGUUGGACAUUUUUGGAUAUCUACAAUUCUAGUAUAGUUGCUAUUGUUCUUA